GUAGGAAGGGAGGUGCUGGUCACCCAAAAGAAGCACCAGUACAUUCAGAUGGGCAGAAGAUAAGUGAGGAAGGAAAGUACGUGGAUGAUCGUGUCAAGGUACAAGAACUAGCACAGGAGAUGAUGCUGGCAGCAGAGCUGCGGUGUCACUGCAUCCAGACUGUCACAGGAUUAAUGUUGCCAAAGUACCUGGCCAACAUAGAAAUCAUUCCUAAGGGCCCCCACUGCAACACUGUGGAAAUCAUAGCAACACUGAAGAACAGCCAGCAAACCUGUUUAGAUCCCCAGGCCAAAUGGGUGAAGAUGAUAAUUAACAAGAUUCUAUACAGGUAA